UAAGUAAUGAUGCUUUGAGUGAUGAGAUCGAGUUUGAUAGAAUAAGUGAUGGUAAGUAUGAGGUCAUAGUAAGUGACUAUUUAAGGGCUUUUGGAUCGGAAGUAGUUCUUCCUCUUUUGUCUUUGCUGCUAGCUCGACGAAAGUCUAGCUUUGUUGUUA